AUGGUGAAGGAGCCAGCAUUGCCUCCCCGCGAAAACGAGGCCGAAAACGCGGAACCAGGGCGGUUCCGCUCUGGAGGUUUCUACCACGAUCCCACGGUCUCCUUCGGCAGCCCGGAGGCACCCCAAACAAGGUCAUUACCCCACUCGCCGUGGGGGCAGCGAGAGCUGCCGGAGGAAAGACCCCAGAACCCCUGGAGACGGGGUCAUGAAGAAGACCUUAACAAACAGAAAAAUGGACACGAUAAGAAGUUGGAGAAGGAAGAAUGA